AUGGCUGAGGUCAGCAAGCGAAUUUGUCGCGGCGAUGACGCACGCGCAACACAGAUGUCGAAAGUGGUAAGGUUGGUCAUGGUCGAAUUGCAGGCAACCACCCAACGGGCUUUUCAGGUUGGUUAUUCCCAAGCGUCAGACUGGGCGCCCUGCAAACGGAUUAGUUCGUCCGAGCAGAUUUGCCAGCGCCCCUCUUUGCCUGGUCGGGUUAGACGAUUCCCGGAGAUCGGCCUCCCGGAAAACGUGAAUCCCGAGCGUGACAUCGAUCGAGCAUGUGCUGGAGUGGGCGUGGUAUGGAUACGCAAGGAACGUCGUGGUGGAGGUGGAGGAGGAAGCGGUGACAUGGAGAGUACCCGAAGCCCGGGACGGCUGGCCAUCCUUGCCGUGCACGCUUUGUCCGACUCCCAUGCCGCUAUUUAG